CAGGUUUUCCAAUGACCCCCCUGUUGGUUUCUCCGUUGCAGAUUCCAACUCAACCCUCCCUGGAAGAUCCCGCAGAUCCCUUGCCCGGGGCUUGCCCACCUAGGGCGACGCGAGCCGCCUUCGAAAAUGUAGCUGCGGAAAAGAGCCUGACGCCCGCCCGGGAUCCCCCUUAGCGCCUUUUGUAUUCAGUCAGAGGCAGGAGGUCGCCUGGGGGGGCAACAAAAGGCGAGGGGGUCCUCCUGGAUUUCAUAGUCUGGGGAAUGCGUUUCGUAGCCCCCUCGCCUUCUCCUUCUGCAACCGCGGCCAAGUUUCCCGGCUGGGGCAGAGGACGGUGUGAAAUUGGCCGGGGGCCCCUUCCCCAAGCGCCCCCCAAAACCUUGGCCAGUCUUGGGGGGGGUUCCUCGUCUUCCUGUCGGGCUACGGCCCCUUUGGCCCUUCUCGCAGCCCCGUGGCCCCCCGGCCUGUUUGGCUUCCAUGGCAGCCAAGUGGUUCAAGGAAUUCCCCGCCAACCUGAAAACCGUCUCGGAUCGCCCCAAGCCGGGCAGUGCCCACCACCUUGGCAAGCCGAGCAGCGCCUCCCGCAAAAGCUUCGGCUCGCCCGAGGCGAGCACGGCUUCGUUGCCCGGGAAGAACCGGAAAAAUUCGGCCACCGAGCUGGGCAGCGCCAGGACCCUGCUGGUGCCGGGGAGAGAAGGUGGGAAUAGCCGCCUGUCCCGAGACAACCUCCAGGGCCUUUUGCAGGCCGCCGCAGGGAAAAUGCGCAAGAAUUCCCGAGUGGAAGGGGCCCCGUCGGAGGAUCCGGCCUGGGGGCCCCCCAAAGGCAACCCCACCUGCGGGACCUACAUCAACCGCCUCAUCAGAGUCAACGCCCAGGAGAAAAACGGGAAAAACUUUGCCGGAACGGCUCCGAAUCCCAGCCCGGUCCCACCGUCCGAACUGGAAAAACCGAAGCAGGAAACGGUGAUCAUUUUGGAAGAUUACGCCGAUCCUUACGACGCCAAGCAGACCAAGGGCCAAAGAGAUGCUGAAAGGUUGGAAGAGAAUGACGGUUACAUGGAACCUUACGAUGCGCAGCAGAUGAUAACCGAAAUCCGGAGACGGGGCUCCAAAGACCCCUUUGGGGGGAAAACGGUCCUGCUUCUGGAUGAACCAGGAUCCAAGGGAGACGCGGCUGUCAAAGUCCCAGCGGCAAAACCCCUGCAGCUUUACGAUACCCCUUACGAGCCGGCCGAGACGGGCUCCAGGUUCGAGAUCCGCCUCCCUUCGAACGACGAGCGGCCGCCGGCAGAGUACGAACAGCCCUGGGAGUGGAAGAAGGACCAGAUUGUUAAAGUUCUGUCAGUGCAGUUUGAGGGAUCGGACAAGCCCGUGCCAGCCGCUGAGAUGGUGGCCUCACCGCCGCAGCCCCACCCCUGCCCGAGAAGCUGGCCGUCUAAGAUGGUGAAGUCCCCCGCGGGCAUCGAACCGGGCAUGGACGGAGAGCGGGUGGAUUCUGCCCUCAUCCUGGAGAAACAGCCUUGGUUCCACGGCUCCAUCACCCGAGCCGAGGCAGAGAGCCGGCUGCAACCGUGCCCGGAGGCGGGCUACCUCGUGCGCACCAGCGAGAUGGGCCCCAGCAAGUACUCCAUCGCCCUCAAGACAAGCCAGGGAUGCGUUCACAUCAUCGUGGCCCAAACCAAGGAUCACAAAUACACUUUGGACCAAGCCGGCGGCCUCUUCAACAGCGUCCCCGAAGUGGUGGGCCAUUAUUCCUCCGAAAAACUCCCCUUCAAAGGAGCCGAACAUAUGACUCUGCGCUAUCCGGUCUCUCUUCCGAGCAAGAUUCCCUAGUCUCCGCAUUUGGGGGGGCUGUGCCGACUGGAGGAACGCUGCGGAAACCGGACAAAGGGGGCGGCGGAUGGGGAGUCCGCCCCACGCUGUACCUCCGCUUCACCUGGAAACCUAGACCCACCUUCCUGACUUCCUUUCCUCGCGUGCCCGAGCGUAGAAGGGGGCUCCCGUCGGCCCACGUUGUACAUUACUUCCGUUCUCCAGCAAGACUCGGUGCGCCCCGUUUGAUAUUACGGGAAUCUUGCCACCCUCGAACGUUACUAAAUUCUUGGGGAAGGGGGGGGACAAAGGCAGGAGGCGAGCCCCUUCCCCCUUUGCCGGAGGCUGAAUUAGCAGGAACAGAUGGAGCAAAACCCCUACCUAUCGGCGGCUGCCUGAAACCAACACCGAUUCUUUCCCGAGCCAGAUCCUCGGAGUUUUCUUUAGCAAGAUUGAUGGAAGGGACGGCGUUUCGAGAAUUCCAGCGACUCCGCUCGUCCCCCUUAAAAGCAAGACGUCUCCGCGUGCGCCAGACUGGGGAGGCUUCGAUUUUCUUUCUAACAGCUUUGUUAGGAAGGCAGGUCUCUUCGCUGAUCACGGGAUAAACUUUGUUCCAAGUUUCUCCUGAAUCUUUAUGAGUCUGGGAACCCGCUCGUAGACCCCCUGGUCUUUGGAGAGCCCUGCCCUAGAUUCGAGAGCAUUCAUUCUGUAGAAGAUGGUUCAAAACUUUCCCAUUCGCUGCUGCCUGCGUAUAGGCUAAGGACAGAGGCCCCACUAUUAUAUGAUUCCUGUCCUUAGAAGGGAAACGAGCAGGAAUAAGACCCCCAGGUUCCCCAUGAUGACAGAUGAGUCCUGCUUCCUGGUGGGAGUUCCUCGCAUCCGAGAAACUCUUUCUCCACCUUGGCAACUUUAAGAGGGGUGGACUUCAGCUCCCAGAAUUCCCCAGCCAGCAUGCAUUAAGAGGGGUGGGCUUCAACUCCCAGAAUUCCCCAGCCAGCAUGCUUUAAGAGAGAAAAGAGGGCGACCGUUGGUGACGCUCCCUAGCAAAAAGAUGGCGUGUUUCCACUGGGCCGACCAAGUGUGAACCCACUUAAUCUGCCGGGGAAAAGAAACAACCAAAUUUCACUUUUCUGGACGUAAAAUAAAAACGCUAAAGUGUUUUGGCUUGUUUUCUAGUCUCCUGUCCCCAGUCCGUGAUAGGCAUUAAAUGAAUUAUAGCUA